CGGUCUUGCUGGAGGUUGGGGGUCAGGCUGAUAUCAUGUGGCUCAAAGCCCCAACUCUAAUCACGUGGCUGGUCUUUCUGGCAUGGCCAGUCCCCAUCCUAAAACUAUCUGAGUGAGACAAUGGAUCUCCUCAUUAGCAUAACAAAGACACUCCUAUUACUCAGGAAAUUCCAAGGAUUUAGAGUCUCCCUCCCAGGAAUCAGGGACAAAGGCCACUUUAAUAAAAGGGGGAAAAAAUCUUCCCUUGAUCCUGCAUCUUGCUGUACCUACCACUCUCUUUUUCCCUCCCAUCACUGCCAGACUUUGAGAACCUAUAUUUGCUGUUUAUAUUUCCUUGCCUCUGGUUUACUCCUUAAUGUCAUUCACUUCUACCAGCUCCACAGAAAGUAACUUGUGAAGGUCACUGAGUCACUAAUUAGGCUUCCUAAUUAGUAAAUCCAUUUCCUUUUUUAAGUCUUCAAUCUAACCUGACUGUUCUGGUGUGUGAUACUAACUACUCCCUCUUCCAUGAUGCCAUUCUUUUGUGGUUGACCUACUGCUCUGACUGUUCCAUCCCAGUCUCUUUCCUUGUUUCUUGCCAUGUCUCAGAUGUUGCUGUUCUUUAGAAUUUGGUGCUGCAUUCACUUCUCACUAGAAACUCUCCCUAAGCCAUGUCAUUCAUUUCCAUAUAUCUCCUUUAUGCUGAUGACUUCCGAAUUUGGGUCUUUAGGCUUGGCUUUACCUGCAAUCCAGGCUUGGGUUUCUGACUUUACUGGAAUUUCCAUCAGGAUGUCCUAUAGGAACCUUAAAUAUAACAUGUCCAAAACAAAAUUCACUAUCUUUUUAUCAUUUAACCUUAUGUUAUAUGUAUAAUAAUAGAAUAUACUCCAUAGUGUAAUUGUAAGGAUGGAAUGAGAUAAUGCAUAAAGCAAACUUAAUAAAAUUCUGGCACAUAGAAAGUACACAGUACACAGUAGCUAUUAUUAUUACAUGACAGUCUUCCCUAUUAGACUGCAAGCUUCUUGAGGGCAGGAACACAUCCUCAAACCUAACACUGUCCUUGGCUUGUAAUAGAUGCGCAGUAAAGGUUUGCCGAGUUAAAAUAUGUAACUAUCUGAUUUAUUAAUCAUCAUGUCUGUUUAACAGUGGGCAACAUCAGGUGUGUAUUUUUUCUCCGUAGGUGCAUUGUGCUGUAAUCAUUCAAAGGAUAACCAAAUGUGCCGUGAUGUGUGUGAACAGGUGUGUUUAAGAAGUCUGAUGGCUGGGUUGGCCUAGGCUGCUGUGAACUGGCUAUCACCCUGGAGUGUCGGCAGGCCUGCAAGCAGUGACUGGUCUCUGGACGGGAGCAUAUGAGACAUGGUGUCACCUUCACUUUCAUACAGACCACUGGACCGUGUAGCCUGACCAACACUCUUGGGGCAGCACACAGUCCAGCAUCUGCUCUUCUCCUCCAGGCAUUGAGCUGUAGCUGAGUUGCAGAGGAUUUGAACUAUAAUGGAUCUGGUGGGACAUAAAAUAGUUGCCAGUCCAUUCUGCUUCUCGCUCUCUCCAUCCUCAUCAGCUGGCCUGUUCAGAAUUGCAUGAGCCCAGAUGAUAGAACAGGAGGGAAUAGAACAAGGGACCAGAGCCCAUGGCUCCGGAACUGUGUCUCUGAAUGGAAACUGAUAUCAUCUGGGAGAAUAACCAGCCCUCAGCGUGUUUGUUUUGGCUUGUUUAUAGAAAGUACACACUUAAAUGAGGCAUCUUCAAAAAAUGAUAUUUCUAAAGUUUGCAGAAAAGAAUAUGAGAAUGCUCUUUUCAGUUGCAUUAGCAGAAAUGAAAUGGGAUCAGUUUGUUGCAGUUAUGCAGGCCAUCACACAAACUGCCGAGAAUACUGUCAAGCCAUUUUUCGAACAGACUCUUCCCCUGGCCCAUCUCAGAUCAAAGCAGUGGAAAACUAUUGUGCCUCUAUUAGUCCACAAUUAAUACACUGUGUGAACAAUUACACCCAAUCUUAUCCAAUGAGGAACCCAACAGAUAGUUUAUAUUGCUGUGACAGAGCUGAAGACCAUGCUUGCCAAAAUGCCUGCAAGAGAAUUCUGAUGUCUAAGAAAACAGAAAUGGAGAUUGUGGAUGGCCUCAUCGAGGGUUGUAAGACCCAGCCCUUGCCUCAGGAUCCUCUUUGGCAGUGUUUUCUCGAAAGCUCACAAUCUGUUCACCCUGGAGUCACUCUACACCCUCCUCCCUCUACAGGCCUCGAUGGGGCUAAAUUGCAUUGUUGUUCUAAAGCAAAUACUUCAACAUGUAGGGAACUGUGCACUAAACUUUAUAGCAUGAGCUGGGGCAAUACACAGAGUUGGCAAGAGUUUGAUCGCUUUUGUGAAUAUAAUCCAGUGGAAGUGUCCAUGUUGACCUGUUUAGCAGAUGUUCGGGAACCUUGUCAGUUGGGCUGUAGAAACCUUACUUACUGUACUAAUUUUAACAACAGGCCAACAGAACUUUUCCGGAGUUGUAAUGCUCAGUCAGAUCAAGGAGCCAUGAACGACAUGAAGCUGUGGGAAAAAGGAAGCAUAAAGAUGCCAUUUAUCAACAUACCUGUUCUUGACAUUAAAAAGUGCCAGCCAGAAAUGUGGAAAGCAAUAGCUUGUUCACUGCAGAUUAAACCUUGUCAUAGUAAAUCCCGGGGAAGUGUUAUUUGCAAAUCAGAUUGUGUGGAGAUUCUUAAGAAAUGUGGGGACCAGAACAAAUUCCCUGAAGACCACACAGCUGAAAGUAUUUGUGAGCUGCUGUCACCUACAGAUGACCUGGAGAGUUGUAUACCUUUGGAUACAUACCUCAGGCCAAGUACUUUAGGUAACAUUGUGGAAGAAGUGACUCAUCCCUGUAACCCAAGUCCUUGCCCCACUAGUGAGCUCUGUGAGGUAAACCGGAGAGGGUGUCCAUCUGGAGAUCCCUGCCUGCCAUACUCUUGUGUUCAAGGUUGCAAAUUGGGAGAAGCCUCUGAUUUUAUCGUCCGUCAAGGGACACUAAUUCAGGUGCCAUCAUCUGCAGGGGAAGUUGGUUGUUAUAAAAUUUGCUCAUGUGGACAAAGUGGACUCUUAGAAAACUGCAUGGAUAUGCACUGUAUAGACCUUCAGAAGUCUUGCAUUGUUGGAGGAAAAAGAAAAAGUCAUGGAACAUCCUUUAAUAUCGACUGCAAUGUCUGUUCUUGCUUUGCUGGCAAUUUGGUGUGUUCUACCCGCCUGUGCAUCAGUGAGCACAGUUCAGAAGAUGACCGUCGCACCUUCACAGGUCUGCCCUGUAACUGUGCAGAGCAGUUUGUCCCCGUGUGUGGGCAGAACGGACGCACUUACCCCAGUGCCUGCAUUGCUCGCUGUGUGGGCCUCCAAGACCAUCAAUUUGAGUUUGGAUCAUGCAUCUCAAAGGAUCCUUGUAAUCCUAACCCCUGCCCCCAAAACCAAAGAUGCAUACCCAAACCACAAGUCUGCCUGACGACUGUUGAUAAAUUUGGAUGUAGCCAACAUGAGUGUUUGCCCAGACAGCUCACCUGUGACCAGGCCCGCGAUCCUGUGUGUGACACAAACCACCUGGAGCACAGCAACCUCUGCACUUUGUACCAGAGAGGGAAAAGCCUCUUGUACAAAGGCCCGUGCCAGCCCUUCUGCAGAGCCGCAGAGCCCGUCUGCGGGCACAAUGGGGAGACCUACAGCAGCGUGUGUGCCGCCUACUCGGACCGGGUGGCGGUCGAUUACCACGGGCCCUGCCAGGCCGUCGGGGUCCUCUCAGUGUCCAGUUCUGUCUCCGAAUGUGCUGCGGUGAAGUGUCCUUCGCUCUCAGCGACUGAGUGCAAACCCGUCAUCCCACCCGGUGCUUGUUGCCCAUUAUGUGCCGGGAUGCUAAGAGUUUUAUUUGACAAAGAAAAGCUGGAUACUAUUGCUAAGGUAACAAACAAAAAGCCGAUAACAGUUCUGGAAAUACUUCAGAAAAUCCGCAUGCAUGUGUCUGUCCCACAGUGUGACGUAUUUGGAUACUUCAGCAUUGAGUCAGAAAUUGUUAUUCUGAUUAUUCCCGUUGAUCAUUAUCCAAAAGCUUUGCAGAUUGAGGCCUGCAAUAGAGAGGCAGAGAAGAUCGAGUCCCUUAUCAACUCCGACAGCCCUGCUCUGGCAUCCCACGUCCCUCUCUCAGCACUCAUCAUUUCCCAGGUACAGGUCUCCAGCAGCGUGCCGUCGGCUGGCAUCGGGGCCAGACCCCCCUGCCACUUCUGCCUCUUCCUCCUCAGCCUGGGCCUCGCCUUGCACUUGCUCUGGACACAUAACUGACUGCCCAUGAAAAGCGCAGAGUGUUCCUCCAUCUAAUUCUUCUGCCUUGUGAAAACCAUACAGGACUGCUGGUCUGUAGUUGAAUAGUGGCCAGGUAAACGCACUUGUCACCUCUCUUCACCACACAGUAUUUUUUUAAUCUGCCAAUAUUAGUAGGGUUUUUGUUUUGUUUUUACAAAUGUUAAAAUACAUUCUUCCAAAUACUAAUGAAAAGAGGAUGUCUCCUUCUGCUGGAUCACUGCCUUACAAUUUACAUUUUGCUUGUUUGGUGGGACCCCUACUCUAAACCAAAUUCAAAAUCACUGAUAAAUGAGAUGAUCCCUUUUUAGAAAGAUAACUCACUUUACUAUGGGCUUCGUAUCACAGAAACUUCAUUUCAGAAUUCCUGUAAGUAUUGAGGUGCCCCAGUGUAUACAUUUUGCUUUACAGAUAAUUACAUACUCUGUCUUGAAGCUAGGGGCCACAGGGAAGAGCCACUGCUAUUAGAGUAUGAAGUAAAGAUAAAGCAUCUUUGAAAUUAUCAUGUAAAUCACCAGGCAAAUUUAAUUUACAGAAAUUUAAUUCAGGAACCCAUCUGUUGUGUUAAGCAAAAGCAAGCUGAUUAAAUGACACAUAAUGAUAGAUGGUGACAGUCUCAGUGGUUACUAAUGUGGUUACUGUGACUUUCGUGAAAGAAAGUUACAUCGCAUCAAAGUGUCUUGCAUUAUGCAUUUUUAUAUUAACCAGAUGUAUAUUCUUUGGUAUUCAUCCAAGCUAAAUUUAGAGUUUUUAAACAUCAAUCUUUAAACCAAUUGCUGCUACUUAUAUAAUUGCCAAAAAGUGAAAUAAUGAGUAGUUCAUGUACAUAAUACAUGAUUUAUCUAUUUUAUUAUGAAGAAGGUGAAUAGCCAUGUUUGUAAAAUGACAAUCGUGUGUGUUAACCCAGUACUUUGCGUUCAUGAAGACACAUUCGCUUUUUGUGAUAUGCACAGUAUAGAUGAGUCUUCUCUCUCUUUUUUAUAUAGAAUUAUAAAGAAUUGUGGUUUAUAUAUUUACAAAUGUCAAUCUAAGUAUGAACAUGUUUGCAUGUUGUCUAAGAAAUUGAAUUCUUCGAAUGCGUUUCACAGUUUGAAAUAAGCUAUUCAAUGUAAUACUUCUUGUUUGUAUGCACCUAAACUUAGAUUUUACAUGAAGUAUUUUUUUCAGUAUUGUAUGUAGCCUCUGGAAUAUAUAGGGAUAUGCUUAUUUUACCAAAAUGUUGUGUAAAAGUGGGCACUUAAAGUUUUCAGAAUAUCUCAGUGCUGACGGAGCGUUGUUUGCUGCAGUGGCUUUUUCUAUAUAAAUGUCUUCACUGCAAGAUACUGGAAAGCUUUUCCAUUUUAAUAAAGAUAACUUUUAUAU